CCGUCUGUGCUGCCACCAUGUCUCUAGUGAUCCCUGAAAAGUUCCAGCAUAUUUUGCGAGUACUCAACACCAACAUCGACGGGCGGCGGAAAACAGCCUUUGCCGUCACUGCCAUUAAGGGUGUGGGCCGAAGAUACGCUCAUGUAGUGUUGGGGAAAGCAGACACUGACCUCACCAAGAGGGCAGGAGAACUCACUGAGGAUGAGGUGGAACACGUGAUCACCAUUAUGCAGAAUCCGCGCCGAUGUAAGAUCCCAGACUGGUUCUUGAACAGACAGAAGGAUGCAAAGGAUGGAAAGUAUAGCCAGGUCCUAGCCAAUGGUCUGGACAACAAGCUCCAUGAAGACCUGGAGCGACUGAAAAAGAUUCGGGCCCACAGAGGGCUUCACCACUUCUGGGGCCUUUGUGUCCGAGGCUAG